GCAAAAGCCAGUUGAGGCUCGUCAAAGCGUCACACUAUCGACUACAAAAAUUUACGAUUUUCACUUCCUUCUAUACUUUUUCACUUUACAAGAAAUAUAUUGACUUAAAAAGAGGGUAAGUUGAUAAUUUUGUUUUACAAAGUGUUAAAAUUAACAGCAUGGAAGAUUUCCUCAUCGAAUGAUUCUAUCAAUAAAUCAAUGAGAGGAUCAGAGAGUGCACAAUUUCGACCAGGCAAAAUUCUUUUUACUCGUUGCAGAUCGAUCGAUCGAGCGUCUCUCCUGUCUACUCGAAAAACGUUCUGAAAUGAUCUCAAGUUAGGCCUAUGAUCUACUAAGCGCCCAGAAUUGUUUUUGCAACAUGAAUUCUUCAGAACUUACUGUGACACAGGGACAAAGUCACGCUGUAGAAACUCCAAAGGACAAUGCAAGAGCGAGCGCCACCUAUGCAGCUAUUAUGAUGAUAGUCAUUGUAGCCUGCUCAAUACUUGUAACUGUUACCUUCAUAAUUGGCGCCUCAUAUGCUCAGCAUCGUUAUCAAUUGAGACAAAAAAAGAGACGAGCAACAUCGUAUGUUGCAAGAAAUAGAAGUGCAAGAGAUUUAAAAGACGAUUACUACAUUAAUAUAAAUAAUACAGCUGAGUUUCAACCACCAGACGAACCAGAAUCUCCAGUAAAAACUUCACCAAAACAAACAAAAAAAAUCCCAAAUUGGACAACUACAACUCCUAAUUGUGAAGUUUUCGAAAAAGAGAACGAGCGAAGGCCAAAUAUAACAAUGGCAUAUGACAAUCCGAUAUAUACAGGCAAUAAUUAUCCAUCGGAAAAGGACCAGGCUAUAAUUUUGAACGCUUUAAAUGUUCAAAUUAAAAAUCAUUGAUUAUAGGACUAUAUUCUGCAAACCUUCCUCACAAUAUGCAUUUUCUUCUUUUUUUUUUAAAUUUUUAUAAGAAAACAAUAACAAAUAUACAAAAAAACAAUAUUUUAAAGAGAAGAGCAAAGAAGCUGUACAGGAAAGUUAGUUUAUACAUGUAUAUAUUUUAAUAUAUGUAUAUAACUAUAAAUAUAUACAACACUUACAUAUUGAUAGAAUGAGAAUGCAUAAACAAUUUUAUGGACAAACUCUUUUUUAUAGCAUAAAAAAAAAUAAGGAAAAAAUAUGGAUAAUAAUAUAUUGUCUCUAUUGAGUAAAAAUACUGGGUUGAACGUGCUGCAGACUAUGGAUUUGUUGGAGCAGUUUGCGAUUUAUAAUCUCCAUUCUGCACUGUAUUUUUUAUGCACAAAAGAAAAAGGAAAGCUUCCGAAAUUUUUUUCCUCUUCUUCUUCUUCGUCUUCUUCUUCUUCUCCUGUUUCUUUUAUUUUUUCUUUAAGCAAAUCUAUAUCCAUUAUUCUUUUCUUUUCCUUUUUCUUUGUAUGAUAAGAGAUUAAAAUUUCAUUUUGUUUCUUUUCUUUUUAUUUAUUUGACUUUGUACUGUAAAUUGUAGGAUGAUACUGUAAACGACGGAAUUUUUUUCCAUGUUCUCUUUAUUACAUAAUAUGUUUAUAUUUACACAAUA